GUGACGUCAGAUGAAAUGCCUUUGCCCAUGCUCGCGAGGACGAGGAAGGAUCAGGCACACUGCAGCUGAUGGAUGUGUUGUAGUGAUGUAAUGUUGCCUGUUUGGUAACUACGGAUGGCUGUUUGCGCCAGGCUCUGCGGAGUUGGUCAGUCUCGGAGGUGCCGAAGGCGACAGAGGCAUAACCAGCAGGAUCAAGGCAGCGAUUCCGACAUGGACGAGGAGGAAGAGGAGCGGAUCGUGGGCAAAGGGAGAUUCGACGCAGGUGCUUGCGGAGGCCCAGAGCGCGGCGUAGCAGCCACUGCAGGGCCGAGUGACGCUUGCGAAUAUGGCAGCGGUCGUGUCAACACAGGGGGCUUUCUGGAUCGCACGAGCACGGGACCUCCACACCCCCAGUCCUUAGCGGAAUUACCACCGGAGCUUUUAGUGGAAAUAUUCUCCUUGCUCCCAGGAACAACUCUAUCAAAUGUUGCCCUCGUUUGUAAGAAAUUCAGACAACUACUCAAGACGGAAACCAUCUGGAGAAGGCGAUGCAUUGAAGAGUUUGGCAUGAGGGAGGAUCUGAGGAAGGUGGAAGCACGAGGAGUGACUAGCCAGGAUCUCUAUGUUAAACUACUUUACCCAUACAGGCAUAUUUUGGGCCUAUGGCAGCCUGACAUUGGCCCUUAUGGUGGAUUGCUCAAUGUUGUGGUGGACGGGUUGUUCAUCAUUGGCUGGAUGUAUUUGCCACCUCACGACCCCCGCGUGGAGGACCCCAUGAGAAGGCGCCCACUCUUCCAGAUCCACAUGAUGGAGAGCAACAAGGCCACUGUGGAGUGCAUGUAUGGACACAAAGGUCCUCACAAAGGAGACAUACAGACAGUAAAGAAGGAUGAAUUUUCAACAAAGUGUAACCAGACUGACCAUCACCGCAUGCCAGGAGGCAGACAGGAGGAGUUCAGGACAUGGUUGGAGGAAGAAUGGGGGAGGACACUGGAAGAAAUAUUUCAUGAGCACAUGCAGGAGCUUAUCCUAAUGAAGUUCAUUUAUACUAGUCAAUAUGAUAACUGCUUGACAUACCGAAGGAUCUACCUGCCACCUGCAAAGCCCUCUGAUCUGCUGCAGCCAGGCCUUUUCAAAGGCACCUAUGGUAGUCAUGGCUUGGAGAUUGUCAUGCUUAGUUUCCAUGGAAUGUCUGCAAGAGCAACCAAACUCACUGGAGAUCCCAAUGUUCCUGCAGGGCAGCUCACACUGGAUGUUAACCUGUGUCGGCCUGUGGUCCUCCCAGACUUGGAGCAACAGUGUAACAUUGAGGAGCUGUCACGGCUAGUAAUGGGAGUGCAUGAGGAAGUACAGAGGGAGCAGGAACAAAAGGAAAAUGGCACUUCUGCCACAGGUAGAUGUGCAGCUGAAGGGGCCUGUGGUGGUUCCAGCGCAGCAGAGGAGAUUGAGUCAGAUCACGGUGCUUGUUCAGACAGCUGUGACUCUAGUCACAGUAGCAGAUCCAAUCCUGAAACACAGCCUUUUGUCUUGCCUAUGGGGGUCAUGGCUCGCAACGAGGAGUACCCUCGCACCUGCAGAAAAUGCUUCUAUGGGACAGGCCUGAUUGCUGGGCAUGGCUUUACAAGUCCGGAGCGCACCCCGGGGCUCUUUGUGCUGUUUGAUAAGGACCGGUUUGGUUUCAUCUGGCUGGAGUUGAAGUCUUUCAGUCUGUACAGUCGCCUGACGGACAACUUACCUCACGCUCAUGCCCCCGACUUGGAGCGAUUUGAGGCCAUGCUGCGCAACAUGCAGUCCUGGACAUCCUGAUGCACCAAGCUUUAAGUCUCCUCCCACAGUAAUAGCCAUCAUAACAACCAUUCUACACAAUUACACCUCUGUCUUCUGCUGGCAACGAUACUAUCAUAACUUAAG